AUGGUCAGCAGCAUGGAGAAGGUCACCGUGGACAAGUCGUAUUUCGAUGCCUUACUCCGACGGUAUGUGAAACAUGCCACAGACAAACGGCCCUGAUUGGCCUAGCCGCUCAUGCUGAUUGUGACCAACAGAGCGGAUUUCGUACGCUCUUCCUCCUCUUUCCCCCUCUUGCUGUGCGGCGUCGUCCAAGGUGCUAACAUCGCCAUGAAGCACACCUCCGCCCAACUGCUGGGCCGUCCUGAUCCUGCCAGUGUCACCAUUUCACGAGUCGAGUACGACAACCUUGUGAGUAUUGUGGUACAUAUCGGCCACAAACAUUGCACCGACUGACACAAUCGGGCAGCUACGCAAUGCUCGCGAGUUUGAGAUGCUCAAGAACGCACUGUUCGACGGCGGACUUACUCCAGAGACACUUGCUCAAUUGAUAGCUGGUGCUAGCGUAAACGAACCGCGCAGAGACUCUCUGAACGCUUGGGCCGGUAUGGGACACAUGUCUGGCUCUCCUCACACUUUGUCUGACAUGAGUGUGCAGACGACUUUGACGACACCCAGCCGCCAUACAAUGGCCAGUCACAAUCCCCUUGUCCAACGGCGGGGCCGUCGGGUCUACGAAAUGAAGCGUCAUGGAGGGCCGGCAACUCGCACUCUGCUUCCAACUACUACGGACACGCCAAUGGAAAUGACCAUCAUCCUGCGAAUACAAAUCUGCGCGUGCCUGGCGCUCGGUACGUCAGCAACGGCGUAACGCCGUCUUCAGUCCCGGACAUCGACGACGCAAGCAGCUUCGUGGACGAUGCAGGUACAGAGCCGCCACAGAACAAUGCUGCUACUCUUCGUACGCUCUAUUUCUGCGGAUUCCCGGCACGAACCACGUAUCGAGACCUGCUUUCUGUCAUCAAGGGUGGCAAGCUUCUCAGUGUCAACUUACGGUCUGAGAGAAGCGCCACUGUGUCGUUUCUGGAUGCUGCCCCAGACUACUUGGCAUGGGUCACGCGCAACGACAUCUAUCUGCACGCCAAGAGGGUCGACGUGAGAUGGGCGGACCGCCAGUUUUCACCCAAUGGCCACGUCAGCAACAAAAUCGCCAAUGGCGCUACACGCAACAUCCUGAUACGCUCUGCUCUUGACAAGGGUCUUACGGAAGCCUCAAUCCGCGAGGACAUGGAGCACAUACACAACCUGGUCAUUAUUGAUGUCACAUUCAAGAAUGGCAAUGCCUACGUGUCCACAAACUCUGUGCACAACGCUCUGUUUGCUCGGACUUGCAUGAUGAGCAGAAACACAUACAAGGGAUGCAAGAUUGAAUUCUGUGAGUUUCGAGUUGCAAUUCUCGGAGCCUGCGGUCACUGACUGGCCUCUAGAUCCUGACGAAUGCGAUGUCCCGUUGCCGGCUCGCGCUCAGUUGCCCAAGCCGAUUCCUAGGGAGCCAACGAAGAAGCACAUUUCUCUAGUCAAUAGAUUUGGCAUGCUCGAUAUCGACGGAAGCGACUCUGGCGAAGAGAACCGGGACCCCGACGAUCAGAUUGGAGAUUCUGAUGAGGACGAUGACGAUACCGUAAAUGUAAGUUCUUGUUCUUAGCUUGAACGACUACUUCUGCGCGGACGAACGCGUCCCAAAAUGCCAAGGACAUCGAAUGAGAUCAGACAGGUUAACGAAGCACAGAUCAAGGCUCGUCACGGAGUGAGACUCGACUUUCUCGACUCGGAGAGCACAGCCUAA